UACGAACUUUCAUCCCCAUUCCCAAUUCUUCUCACCUUCCUCUUUCUUUUCUCAUCAGCAAACUCCUAAAAUUCCUUCAGGUUUUAAUUAGGUGUGAGGAAUUGGAAACUCAUCCAUAUUAUUAAAUCCCCAAACUCCCCCCCUUCUAGGGUUUGGUUAUAUAUAAGUUGGACGAGUAAGAGAUUAUUGUUGAAGAAAAGGAGGAAAUGAAGAAGAGGCAGGUUGUGGUGAGGAAAGAUCUAACGAGGAGGAACACCGGCGUGGUUUCCGGCGGCGGCACGAGCGUCCGUUACGUGGAGUGCCAGAGAAACCAUGCCGCCAACAUCGGCGGCUACGCGGUGGAUGGCUGCCGGGAGUUCAUGCCUUGCGGCGGAGAGGGCACGGCGGACGCCCUGACUUGUGCGGCGUGUGGCUGCCACAGGAACUUCCACCGAAGAGAAGUCGACAGUGAGGUUUCUGAUCAGUCUUCUAAUUAUUAAUCCAUUUCAUCAAAAUCCCAUUCUCUUCAUACAUACAUACACCCAUAUUAUCCAUAUAUCGUCACCACCACACUCGUUCCCCAAAAAAAAAAAACAAAAAGAAUUCCAUGAAAAAAGGGUGGUUAAUUAUUGAUAUAUAAACCCUUAUUUGAUUGUCUUUCCGUCAGUUAAAUCAUUGUGGCUUAAAAAUUUGCUACUUUUGUGAUUGAAUUGUGUAUAUUAAUUUGUUCAACAAACCUUGAAGGUUUAUUAAUUAAUGCAUUCUAUAUCA